AUGAUACAAGUAGUUUCUGCAGUGGAAUACCUGCACAGUAACAAAAUAGUGCACAGAGAUCUAAAACUGGGGAAUCUGUUUGUGGAUAAGCAGUUUGCAGUGAAGUUGGGUGACUUCGGUUUGGCCAUAGCGAUAGAGUACGAGGGUCAGAAACGCUUUUCUCGAUGUGGAACUCCAAACUAUAUUGCUCCUGAAGUGAUUAACGGAAUAGGAUACAGUUACGAGGUGGACGUGUGGGCUCUGGGCUGCAUAUUACACACGAUGCUGGAGGGCACACCACCAUUCCAGGGGCCGAACACUACUACCACCUACAACAACAUAAUCAGGUGCCAAUAUCGUCCAUCUUCCCGCAUUAAUUACUCUGCACAGACGCUCAUUAUGAGUAGCCUUCAGGUGAAUCCUAAGUUGAGACCUACUAUUUACGAGAUGAAAAACUUUGAAUUUCUAAUUUCAAGAGAUAUUUCCCCGAAACCUCCACAGUUUGAUUUUGGAAAUGCUAGAAGAAUGUCAACAAUUCGAAAAGGUAGAGUUGCGACUGCAGCAAUACCCACGAAUCCAUUCGAUCCAAAUCAACUUGAUUCCAAGGAAUUUCCUAAAAGUUGUUUUUUCAAAAUUGCAAAGUGCCUGGUAAAUAUCAAGAAAUGGCCGGAAUCAGACUUUGGCGAGUUUUUGUCCGAGGCUUCAUCACUGAAACCGUUAGAUUGGGUGAACUCUUGGAUGGAUUUUUCUAACUCUUACGGUUUCGCUUACACCUUGAGCAGUUCAGACUACGGCAUCAUAUUCAACGACGAGACGAGAAUGCUUCUUCAGAACAAAGAACAGUACGUUCACUACGUCCAUUCCGACGGUUCCGAUAUUAUUUGCCAGAAGAGUAGCAUUCCUGCUGCCUUGAGCAAGAAGUUAAAAAUCUUGAUACACUGUGGGAAAUACAUGAAAGAAUCUCUAAUUCAAGCACACGAAGGGAAUCCACCUGACUUGGCGGCAGAUGAAGACAAGCCUAUAGUGGAGGUGUUCAAGUGGACAAAAGGAGAGGCGGAGAUGGUAAUGAUGCUGACAAAUGGGAGUAUCCAGGUUAACUUCUCCAGCGACCACACCAAACUGAUAUUGUGCGGCAGUACCAAAACUGUAACCGUCAUAGAGAGCGCCAAUUACAUGAAAACACUAAAGUUGGACAACCUUCAAAACUGUGGCGCUGGUGUUCAGUUAAAACAGAAGUUGUCUGUUAUUUUAAAAUACGUCACCAGCUUCCUGUCUGAAUAA